GAGGGAUGGGUUGUGGUGAAGCUCUACAAAUGGCCUUGAUUCUCACCAUCGCGUUCGCAUACUUUCUGUGUCCUGUUGCAUUGGGUGCAGUUGCUUUGCUAUAUCUGCUGGUGUUCUAACAUAAACUACCAAUCUUGUUUCGCGAUAUUGUUGAAACCCUUACCAGAGAAGGGCUUGCUAGCCACGAGCCCUAUUUAUUUUUUCUUAUUCUCCCGCUGCCGUCCGCUCCUGAGACUGCUGCUUGCAAAGACACGACGCAGGAGGCUCGCAUCGAGGGCUCACCGCCAUAUUCGGCUUGCUCCUGUUCCCUUCAACAGGUUCACGCCAAAUGGCCUCAAAUACCGUCAGUGGCAAUCAGUCAAGGACCAUCUGGGAACCAUCGGCAACGAAGCCCAUGGCAACUGUUUCGAAGAUCACAGUCACUUCGGCUUCGUCUGCGCCACCACGACCGAUUGAUCAGAUCACGGACGCAUACCGUCGUCGGUACGCAUCUUACCUUGCUUCGACUUUUCACAUCAGUGUCGAGGCGGCCAACCUUGAGGCGGACUACCAGCUCCAGCCUCGUCGUCGAUCUGAGGCGUCUGAAUCAGAGGUCUACCGCGUGUAAAUAGUGGCUGAAUCUCGAUAUGUCCCACAGAAAGCAUUGGUCUAGAAAUAUCUUCGCAACGUCCGCGACGAGUCUCCCGAAGCAGUUCUUGUUGAGGAUGAUUUUGUUGAAUGUUUCUAAAGUCAGCCUUUCCAAGGUUGUUUUGCCAACAGGAUUCUUACAGGACAAAUACAUGAGCCUUAUCCUUAA